GCCCCUCCAGCAGAACCCACUUGUGCCCUGGGUCGGCGUGGAACUUGCUUUAGCUGCGAUGGAGUGUUGUGUCGCCAAUUUCAUUCAUAUUCCUCUCCCCACGGAAUCGAUUCCCUCAUUUUCCUGACCUGCAUUCCGCACUCUCCUCUCUGACGGUUCAUGAAUCUCCCUAGGCGAUCAGACGACGGCACUUCCUACCAUGCAGGGCCUCAAACGUCUGCAAGAAGCCAUCGAGCGGCACCGAGAGAACAAGGACAUCAAUAUCAAGUACAAAACUCCCCUCACCAUCCGCAACGUAAACACCUUCACCGACGAGCAAGCCAUCGACGAUGCCUGUAACCCAAUUCGCUGUGACCGACACGUACGAAUAUCUGAAUGGGUUCGGGGGAUCCAAAGAGUGGGCGCUCCCCCAGUACUGUGCUCAGUAGGACACUUGACUGACACUCGGCUACAGGAGUGAAGCCUUAAAAGGUGCUUUGCCCUUGGCGGCGAACUCUCCCCAAAAAUGUCCACUCGGACUCUACACUGAGAAGUUGUCUGGAACCGCUUUCACCGCUCCACGAGACGAGAAUCAGCAGUCAUGGCUCUACCGAAUUCUACCAUCGGCCAGUCACCAGAACUUCGAACCCGUCCCCGACUCCUCCCCAAAUUCCCUCACCUCUACCACGCCCAGUUUCGGCAAACACUUCAAUGCCAUUCCGAAUCAGCUGCGAUGGGAUCCAUUUGAUUUCGACCGGGAGUCGUCAUGGAUCCACUCACUGCACCUGGUGGCAGGUGCAGGUGACCCUACCAUGAAACAAGGACUCGGGAUGUACAUCUAUGCCGCUGGUUCCACAAUGCCCGACAAGUCGGCCUUUUACAGCGCAGACGGAGACUUCCUGAUUGUGCCGCAACAUGGCGUCCUAGACAUCCGAACCGAAUUCGGCAAGAUGCUGGUGCGACCGAAUGAAAUCUGCGUCAUUCCACGGGGCAUUCGUUACCACGUUGCACUGCAUGACAAUGAGCCAGUGCGGGGAUAUAUCAUGGAGCUAUACCAAGGACAUUUCAAAUUGCCCGAGCUGGGUCCAAUCGGCUCGAAUGGGUUGGCCAACGCACGCGACUUCCAGACACCCGUGGCCGACUUCAUCGAAGACCACGAGAAUACCGAGUGGACACUCUACGGCAAGUUUGGAGGCAACCUAUUUGCGGCCAAACAGUCGCACACACCCUUCGAUAUCGUGGCCUGGCACGGCACUUACUAUCCUUACAAAUACGAUCUAGGCCGAUUCAAUCCUGUGGGCAGUAUCUCCUACGAUCAUCCUGAUCCGUCUAUCUUCACUGUUCUCACUGCACCGUCGAUACCUCAUGGAGCGGGUACAGCGGUGGCAGAUUUUGUUAUUUUCCCACCUCGGUGGUUGGUUGCUGAGAACACCUUCCGACCACCGUGGUAUCAUCGCAACACCAUGUCCGAGUUUAUGGGCUUGAUCAUGGGCAACUAUGAUGCCAAAGGUGCUGGGAAAGGUGGAUUCCAGCCGGCUGGAGCCAGUUUACACAAUACCAUGAGUGGGCAUGGACCAGACAUGCAGACAUUCGAAAGGGCGUCAACAAUGGAAUUGGCGCCACAAAAGGUGGGAGAGGGCAGCAUGGCGUUCAUGUUUGAGAGCUGCUUGAUGGUUGGCGUUACUGAAUGGGGUUUGAAGACUUGCCAGAAAGUGCAAGAGUCAUAUAAUGCUCAUUCCUGGGGACCUUUGAAGGUUCAUUUCAAGCGACCGGAAACGUCGCGAGGUGUUGGUAACGACGAAAAGAAAAACGGCGUGGGUGAUGCUAAAGAUAUGAGCAGCGUCCAUGAUAUCAAGGGCAAAUGAAAAGAGAGGCUAUUGACUGGAUGCUAUACACGUAUGAGAUGGGUAAUGUCAUGAUAUUGAUGCUUCAAAGGACCUGCCUGUACCUAAUAUUUGUUGGCCUUUGUGAACAAUCACAACGUUCAACAUGCUUUCGAGAGUAAAGCCCAGUGUCCAUGAUUUACGGUGAUUAUCACGACGACUUAUCUUGAAACCCUAAGCUAAACCAUCGCCAACAGGACUGUUCCGUAUGAUUUCUUUGAAGUCUUAUGUUUCGGACAAACAACCUAACUUUCUUUUCUAUGCCCCAUUCCAAAGCAAGUCCAUCUCAGUUAGACGCCACAAUGUGCAUAAGGGAGGGUAAUGUCACGUGCCAGCACCCAGCACGAAUAGGGCUGCAUGAGUUCUACGUCAGCACGUGAUUUCACAGGGCAGAAUUUGCUUGCAGGAGAAUAUGU